GUGCUGUACUUUGGUUUUUUGUUAGUAGAGCAGGGUGUCAGAUUCAUGCUAGGUCAGUUUGAUCUCAAGUGGUCCAGACCAGGAAAAUCACAGCGUAAUAACCUGUAAGUAGCCACAACUCCAAGUCUUUCCCUUUGUUUCAGUGCAAAAAAACAUGUUCUGAAAAUGUUCACAUGUAAGGAAUUGUUUUUUGAACUAUGAAUUAUAAAGAAGCUGAAAUUUCUGAAGAAAAUUUAGUUCAAUUUCAGCAGUAGUAUGCCUCGGUUUAUCCUUUACAUAUCAAAACUUACAGAGCCGAGUGUCUACAAAGGCACAAAACAUUUAGUCAUCUGAAACUGAACAAUGUAAUAUUUUACUCUAUGAUCAAAACGACAAAAGUCAGACCAAAAAAACAAGAUAAAAUGUUACAAAAAUGAUCCACAAAAUGACAAAAAUGAGAUGCAAAACAACGAAAAAAUGGACAAAGAACACAAGAAAGACAACAAAAGCGAGAAAAUGACAAAAGAAUAAAUGACAAGUGGAACAAAAAUCAACCAGAAAAUGACAAAAAACGAACAAACGACACAAGCGAGACAAAAAGAACAGAAACGAGAAAAAAUGACAAAGCGAGAAGCAAAACAACAAAAACAUGAGACAAGCAACAAAAAUCAGACAAAAAAAGACAAAAAAACGAGACAAAAUAUUACAAAAAUGAGACACAAUGAUCAAAACAACUUGUCAUGGUGUGGAAGUCAUUCAAAGUUUAUGAUUUUACAAACUUACAAUUUGCAGUUCAUGUCUUCUCUGUAAUUUUUAAAAUUUACAAAGUCGUCUUGGUUUCGAGAAUGUGUGAAAGUUCAUCCAUCCAUCCAUCCAUCCUCUAUACACCGCUUUAUCCUCACUAGGGGGGUGCUGGAGUCUAUCCCAGCUGACUCGGGUGAAGGCAGGGGACACCCUGGACAGGUCCCCAGUCUGUCACAGGGCUACAUAUACAGACACACAAUCACACUCACAUUCACGUGAAAGUUCAUAUUUAUGAAAUAAAUCAAAGACCAAGUAAGAUGAUUUUCAUGAAGGCAGUAGGACAGUGAGUGAUAUUAAACAUUUUCAUUGCCAGAUCAUAAUUUUUUGAGCACCUAUCAACCUUUUGUUGGCCUUUAUUAGAAAGCUUAGUAGAAAUGCAGACUGGAAAGUCGGGAGAAGAAUGGGGGGGAUGACCUGCAGCAAAGGGCCGUGAUCUGGAACCAAACCCAGGCCUCUGCAUCAGUGACGAUAGCCUCUGUUUUCUGGGUCAACUACUUCAAUUACCUGGAUGCCCUGUCUACCUUUUUAAUGACACUUUUCCAGUCACAUGAGCUGCAUCCCGACACUCCAUUUAUUACACAGACAUGUGACUCCAUAACUUGUGUCUUGUUUAAAGGAGCAGUGAAGAAAGCUUUGUUAGGUGAGAGAAAGGAGUAGCCUCAAAGAAGAACGUCUGUUCAGCAGCAGCACAGGUAAAAGUCUGGAUUUGUUUAUCGAUUUAAAAUCUAUAAUGUCUUUGAGCUGAGUUGAUCGGAAAAUAAUUUCCUGUGCGCUUAACUUGAUGCAGAUUUUUAUACAAAAAGCCCCCAUCACAUUGGAGUGAAAUUAUGAUUCCUUUGACAGAUUUAGUUGCUUGAUAUAGUGACUUUAAUGCAGCAGAUGUAAGCAUUCAUAAUCGGUCAUUGCAUGGGAAGAUGUGGCUUUAAUAAGACUUAGUUUCCAUCUUUUAAUCCAGGCUGUUGUCGAAUAUGAGACGUGAUUUUUUAAAGCAAUGCUGGACAAAGUUCCGCUUCACGGCUGAAUCCAAACAGUGCAGAGUCGGCUCCUAAUGAAUAAUAAGUACAUUACGUGUCAGAUUUUCACUACAUGAGACCAAAAGAAGUCACGAUGGUGAUAUUAAUGUGGUAUUUACAAGCAAUUUGAACUUCUUUCCUUGUGGCCGCUUAAUUUUUUACUUUGCUUUUGUGCAUUUAUCUGUUAUUAUAAAAGAAACACAUUUGUAAGAGCACUGUGCUUAUUUUAAUCUACACUGUAACAUAAAUGAGAAUCAUUCCAGCAUGGAUCUGUAGGCUAAAAUAACUGCAGUAACUGCUCAGUGGGAUUACAGCAAAUAAAAUGAAGAAAAUCCUGACCUGAAUCACACUUUCAUCACCUUGUGAUGCUGAUGAAGUCCCAUUAAACAGAACUGUUUCCCUUGUGCUGUGAUGGACUUUCUGCAGGAUCAUUUUAAGGUGUUUUCUCCCUGAUGUCUGUUUUGUAGGAUGCGUUCGCUGUUCCUCCUCAGCGUCGUGGUGACAGUCUCCGUCGCCUGGGGACGCCCUCAGCUUCCUCUUCUCUCCUCGGAGAUGGUGGACUUCAUCAACAAGGCCAACACCACCUGGACGGCUGGGAAGAACUUCCAGAAUGUUGAUAUCAGCUACGUGAAGGGACUGUGUGGGACCUUCCAGAAUGGACGCAAGCAGCCAGAGCUGGCCCAUAACGUUGAAAGAAUAAAGCUCCCUGACAGCUUCGACGCUCGGAAGCAGUGGCCCAACUGUCCCACGAUCCAUCAGAUCAGAGACCAGGGCGCCUGUGGAUCCUGCUGGGCUCUCGGGGCAGUUGAGGCAAUAUCUGACAGGAUAUGUAUCCAGACUGGUGGUAAGAUCUCUGUGGAGAUCUCUGCUGAAGAUCUGCUCAGCUGCUGUGAUGACUGUGGCACGGGCUGCUCUGGUGGUUUUGCCGCUGAUGCCUGGGACUACUGGACAACCAAAGGGCUGGUGACAGGAGGCGUGUACAACUCCGGAGUGGGCUGCCGACCCUACACCAUCCCCUCCUGUGACCACCAUGUGACUGGAACUCAUCCUCCCUGUGGGAGUAUCGUGGAGACUCCCAAGUGUGUCAUGCAGUGCGCUGCUGGAUACUCGCCGUCAUAUCCAAAGGACAAACACUAUGGCAGGCGUGCAUACAGCAUCCCAUCCCAGCAGGAGCAGAUCAUGACCGAGCUGUACAAAAACGGGCCUGUGGAAGCAAGUUUCACAGCAUAUGCAGAUUUCCUGCUGUACAAGACUGGUGUGUAUCAGCAUGUGACUGGAGACGCGGUGGGCUAUCAUUCCAUUAAGAUCCUGGGCUGGGGGGAGGACAACGGGACACCCUACUGGUUGGCUGCAAACUCCUGGAACACUGACUGGGGAGACAAAGGUUUCUUCAAGUUCAAGCGUGGAAAUGAUGAAUGUGGCAUUGAGUCAGAUAUGGUUGCAGGAACCCCGCAUCACUAGACGUAAAGACUCCUGGCAGCAGACAGUCAACAGAUCAAUUAAAAGAAUUUCCAGCAGCAUGUCUUGUUGAAUAAUUGUGUAUUUCUGUACUUGAGGAAGAUUUAUGAUACAAAACAUUUGCCAUUUUUGUUGUGAUUAUAUUCCUCACAAACACCAUCAGCAAGUACAACAAUCUAUUUUCCACAUCUAGCCAGUGGAGACUAUCAUGCAUUUUAGAAACAUUUGCCCUAAUUCCACAGUAAAGAGCAACGCGUGCUGUUUUAUUCUGUACCAGUUACAGUUUUCUGAUGUUUGCUAGCUGGACAUUGGAUCAAACAAUUGUGCUGUAAUUCAUGUGCGGCAAAACCAAAUCUUAAAUUACACGUAUAGUGGUUUGUGGCGUCAGAUAUUGGCACAUCUCCCAAUCAUAGACUAAACAUUUCCAGUUUUAGUUACUAUUCUCUGUAUUUGUUUGUCCCAAGAGAAUAUAUGACCAAUAAUAACUCCCAACUAACAACUAUCCCAACUUUACUCAGUUUGAUAGAUUCAUUACCUCCGCCAGGAGGUUAUGUAAUCACCGGAGUUUGUCCGUUUGUCUGUUUGUCUGUGUGUCUGUUAACAGCAUAACUCAAAAAG